UUUGGUUUUGACACAAAUUUGAUUGGGCAACGAGCGAUAAACUUCCGCUGUCUGUUGGGCUAAGCUCUAUAUAAGGAUCUCACCAGCAAUUUUCAGUGUUACAUCUUUUCACGAGAAACUAAUGGCUGAAAGGAUGCAGAACCACAGAUUUCAAGACACUUUCCCUCGGUCUCCUUCUUCCUGUUUCCUCUGGAAAAAAAUGCUUGGGCUCUUCUUUGUCCUGGUUACAUGCACAGUGGGGGCCUCUGCUUUCAGGCUCCAGCAAGGGAAAAGCACAGAAAACUGCCCAGAUCACAUCAUCUCUUUCCAACACUACUAUGAACUGCAUGGAGAACCUGUGGUUCUGAAAUGCCCUUCCCCCAGAUACAAACAUCUGGAUUUUUCUUCCUUGACCCAUAAUAUCACAUGGUACAAAAAUGAUUCAAAAACCAUGAUAUCAGGAAGAGAUGAAGAUCCAAGAAUCUGGGCAAAAGGAGACGCACUCUGGUUUUUACCAGCAAGGCAAGAAGACUCAGGAGUAUAUGUCUGUACAAGAAGGAACAGCUCCUACUGUGUCGAGGUUUCCAUCCACCUCACCGUUGUGGAGAAGACAGCUGCUCGGGACAUCUCUUAUAUGCAGGUCCUCUUCACUUUUACCUCUGGAAAGAUUGUUUGCCCUGACCUGUGGGAGUUUACUUUGAAUAAAACCGGUCUGGAGCUCAAGUGGUACAAGGAUGCCCUGCCUUUGGAAGACAACAGUGAAAAAUUCGUGUUUCUGAAAGGCUCGAAUUCCCUGAUCUUCACAUCUGUAUUACCAACAGACGCUGGCUACUACACCUGCAAGAUGUCUUUCCCCUAUGAAGGUGUAACGUACGAGAUCACCAGAACAAUCAAGCUGCAGACAGUCGAACAAGAAAAGAGAAUUACCCCCCUAAUCGUGUAUCCAACUCAAAAGACAACAUCAGCUGCUCUUGGCUCCAAGAUGACUCUCCCUUGUAAAGUGUUUGCUGGACCGAGCAGGCAUAUCUAUACUGACGUGGAAUGGUUAGCAAAUGACACCAUCAUUGACGUGGUUUACAAGCAAAACAGAGUUACAGAGGGGGAACGACAAGAAACCAUAGAAAAUGGUGAGAACUUCAUUGAAGUGCCACUGAUUUUUGAAUCUGUUGAAGAAGUGGAUUUUUAUACAGAUUUUAAGUGUCUAGCACAGAACAGAUUUGGAUCCCAAGUGCUGCCAACAAGGGUCAAGCAGGAAGCUGUUGGCUUGUCCUGGUACACUGCAGUGAUUCCAGUUGCGUUGGCCUGUGUCAUCUUAGGGGCGAUAUGCGUACACAAGUGCUGGAAGCAGAGAGCUGAUAAAGGAUACACAAUAGCAAAGGUUUAAAAUCUGCUUUAUUCUCCAACUGCCAACAUCAAAAAAUUCAGCCUGGCUGACUUUCACAUGACACACAGAGAGAUGUUUCAGACUAGACAUACUGCUUUCUCACUGGAUGGAUGUAUAUCAGCUUUUUUCUUCUUUUUCAUAUCUUCCAAAAUCUGGUUAAAUUAGAAAUAUAAGUUUGUGAAAAAUGCUGCCUAGAUGCAGGAAACCUACAUCUAUUAUUUUGUACCUAGGCUGUGAUUUGUAGCAUUUUGAAACAUGGUGUCCUAGGUACAUGCCCUUGUUAUGAGAAGGGUAAGGAAAUGGAGAUGGUCUCACCCUUUGUAAAUUCAAUAGACUUAUCCUUUGAAAAAGGGAGGGGAAAAAAACACAACAACUAGAACCCAAAAAAUAGAAGCUAAGAAAGCUUGCUCCAGAUGAGCUUUUCCACACCAGAGUGAUAGGAUUUUUCCUUGUGCACCCAAACUCAAUUUAUUUUUCUUCAGUAUACAAAACAGCUGUUUUUUUUUUUUUUUUUCUUCCAUUUUCCAGAGCCAAAUUCAGUUGUCAGGACAACUGUACUUCUACGAACUUUUCCACAGAUUUUUUUUUUUUUUUUAACUACUUGGAUUACUCUUUGCUUAAAUGGGUGCAUUCAGAAUAUCACUCUCCCAGAGAUAACUACCUCAGCGUUACAGAUAAUUGUACACUGGAGAAUUUGUUUCUGUUUUAUCUACCAACAUCUCAUGGCUAGAGGCAGUUGUAACAUGUUGUUAUCUUUGCCAAGAAAAGAAUUUGGAGGAUGUUUUAGUGUUUUGAAAGUCAUUUGACUAGUACUAAUAAAGUUUUAUUCCUGGAAGUGAUUCAACAGAUUACCAGUAA